UAUAUAUAGCCUACAUCUAUGAUAAGAGCAGUGAAGUCUAGGUUAAUAUUGUGGAUGAAAACACCUGAGCAUCACAGAUAGAUCCGGACAUGUAAUGAGUCUGCUGCUGAAUCUCCUGCUGAACUGGAGUCGUAAGAGGAAAUUUCACUCGCUCUACUGAAAAAGAGCAAAUGGUAACAGCAUCUGGUCGCAGUUGGACUCAAAGCUACAUCGGAUGUGUUUUUUUUUUCCCUUUCUAAAAACAACUGGUCUGCUCACAGGAACUACUGUAUGAAUAUUAAUAUGAAUGCAAAUCCACAGUGAGGAUGCCCACCGCUUGAACCGACACGGCGCGCUGAGAUCUGCGCAUUUUUGUUUUGACGUUUUUUUUUUUGUUUUUUUCUGUUUGAGGCUGAAACCAAACAAUGUUUCUUUGGCGGAGGUCGUGUGUGGGGCUUUUCUGAAACACAUAAGGAUGGCGUUUCACUUGAAUGUUCGCAGAGGAUCGUUUUGUAACGUCGCAUUGAAUUGCAUCAUGGUUUUCAAUCAGAUCUCACACCGGCCAGGCUACACCGAGCCUCGGUAGUACAGUGCGCUGUUUAUCAUAAAAAUGGAAGACCUUUCACGUCAAGAAAAGGCGUCAAUCCGGUGAUAUACGUCUGAAUAACUGAUUUUUCUUUUCCACGCCAAUUGACACAUCUGGGAAAGGAUUUUUCCUUCCCUCCCGUCCACUAAGACAGCUGUGUCAUCAACAACCGGCGUGGUUUUGUUGUUGUCUGAUUUUUACGAGCUUGGGCAACUGGAUAUCGGCAUAGUCUGCCUGUUCUGCGCCAGCCAUAGGCUACCCAGUUACUAAGGUGAGUUGUAGGAGACUGCCUGUGACAUACAUCUUCUUAUCCCGAGCCGUCUUCUAUACCAUGAGCUCUGGCUCUGCCCAGGAUGUGGCAGUCGAGCAUUUCCUGCGUGACAUAGAGAGGCGAAGCAAGCGGCUACACUGCGCUGUGAUAGGCUGCGAGGAGGAGCGAUCCCGCAGCGACAUGAACCUGCUGUAUCGUAAGAGCCGUUUGGACUGGAGGCAGAGGGACCAAGAGGGAAGUAAAAAGAGCUCUACCCAGAAUGACCCCUCAGCUACUGUUGGAAAAGUCAGAGACUUGGCCUCCUUCCGCCGGCACUUCCGGAUGGGUUUCAUGACCAUGCCGGCCUCCCAGGACCUGUCCCCUCACUCUUGUGCCUCUGCCAUGGCGCCACGCUCGCAGUCCUGCCACGCUGUAGGUGCCGGUGAUACGAGUCUGGAGAACGGAGAUUACUCCGACACCCAGUCCCAACACAGUGGUCGCUGUCCCCCAGCCAAACCCAAACGCCACCCCAGCACUCGCCUCAGCUCUACAUCGGCUGACAGCAGAGGGCCUCCUGAAGCGCCGCCUCCUCCACCACCCACUCACUCCCAGUCCAAACACUCAGAAAAGAAAAAUGCUAUGAAGAAAUCGGACUCUGGAGAAAUGGGAUCAAAGAAGGUUCCUCCUUUAAAGCCCAAGAGGAGUCCCAGCACCCAGUUGUCCUUUGACCCUCUUCCUCCACGUGUGCCUCCCUCUGCCACAUCCCUGCCUUUCCAGGCAGCAGACUCUCAGAUUCAGACAGGAGACAGCGAAGAUGAGCCUGUCUAUAUAGAGAUGGUAGGACAAGUGUUUACCAGAGACAGCCAGACAGCCACCCCCCACCCAGUCACCCCUGUGGCCACCACACCUGACUCUGACUCAGACCAGAGUGAGGCCAUUUAUGAGGAGAUGAAAUACCCACUACAAGAAGACAGAGAGUCCCAGAGACAGCUCCCUCCCAAACAUGAGAAACUGUCUAAACACUCCUCUAAACACUACCAUGUCACCCCCUCUUCUUCCAGCAGCUCCUCCUCUCUGCCUCGCCCGUCCUCCUCCUCUCCUUCGUAUUCCAAACCCAAAGCUACCGUGUCAAUCUCUCAUUCUUCCCCUUUGCCUUCGUCCACAUCGUCCACACCAGUUCCCCAGGUCCUCUCUGCUAGUCCGCACACCCCCCGAGCACCUACUCCCUACCUGCUGCAAGGGAGUAAAUCUGAAUCUGAGUCCAGCACAAAGAUCCCAGCCCCUUUCCCCAAUCUUCUGCAGCAUCGACCCCCACUGCUUGCCUUCCCUCAACCAGCAGCUGCCUCUAGUGGAGUUGGAGUACAAAACAAGGCUUCUUCUUCUGCGAAAACUCAAACGUCCAGUGCAACAACUCAACCCAGCACCUCUUCCUCAACAUCUAACGUCCCCGUUUCCCUGUCGGGCUCCAAGGAAUCAUCAGGUGGAAGUUCAUCCCAGCAGGACAAACACAACAGAGACUCCCAGUUAGGGCCUGCUCCUGGUUUAAGAGCCAGGAGUCACUCUACUCCCCUGCCUCCAUCCUCCAAAUCCACCUCCCCUUUCUCUCAUCACCACCACCACCCACACCACCGGCCCUCUCAUUACCAUCACUAUCGCAAACCAGAGAGAGGGGACUCACCAGCUCCGUCCAAGAGCAGCUGUCAGACUACAACCCAGGCUACAGUUCAGACUCAGACUACGAGUACAGGCAAAGAAGGCAAGUCUGUCAGCUUCCUCUUGAAGUCAGAUAAAGGAGAAAGGGAUAAGGAUCGGGACAGAGACAAAGAGAGGGACAAGGAUCGGGACAGGGACCGAGAUCGAGACAGGGACAGAGGCAGAGACAGGGACAGGGAGAGAGAGAGAGACAAGGAAAGAGACAAGGACAGAGAUCGUGAUAAAGACAGGGACAGAGACAGAGAAAGGGAUCGGGAGAAGGAUCGAGAGAGGGAUUGGGAUCGGGAUCGGGACAGGGAAGGAGGGCCACAUUCCUUACAGUUGGACAGCACUCAUUCAACUAGCAGCCAAACAUCUCAAGGCAGCACCAGCUCAACCCCUACACCUUUAUCUUCAUCGCAGCGUCCUCACUCUCGCCCCCAUCUACGCUCUCACACUCCUCACGGCCUGCCAGCAUACAAACCCCCUUCAUCAGACAGCCCCCUGCUGUGGACGUACCCUUCCGGUGGGUUCCGGAGACCGCCAGCUUAUGAAAGCCUGAGAGGAAGCUCUCAGACCCCGUCUCUGCAGCAACCCUCAAGUCUUACUGGUGUAGGUGAGGGGGCAUCCAAGAGUAACGGAGGGUCUGCAUCCUUCCACUCCAAAGUUGGCUUCAUGCCCUGGGACAGCAGUGCCAGCUUAGCUGCAGAUGAAGGGUCUUACUGGCCCAUGCAGAGAAAAUUGUCCUUCAGCCAUGGGAGCAGAGAAACAGAGAAAGAUGAAGGUCGAGCAUGGAAUGGCAGCGCUGAUGCUUUGUUACGGAUGGAUAAGGAGGAGCUGGGGUUGGGGUCUCGAGGUGGUCACUCGGGUAUUCCAGUCCACUUCAGUGGUGCCUCCAGCAGGGCUCUUGGUCACAGUGAGUCCUUGGCGGGUGUGGACAGUAGUCCAGGAUUCAGAGCUCUGCCCAGAGUAGGACUGCCUCUUCCCUGCCAGACGUUUCCUACCUGUCGCAAUGGAGAAGUGGGGCGGCUGGGCCGUUCCUCCUCUGCCGCUGGAGUGAGACAGGUGGGUGGAGGAGACGUCCAGAGACAGAGCAGUCUACCAGGACGAGAAGCCCUGAAUCAGCUGCAUGGUCUGUCCCAGUCUCAAGUGCCCUGCAGUCCCAGCAGCCCCAGUGUGUCUCGGCAGCAGCAGCAGCUCCAGCUCCAUCAGCAGCAGCUGCAGUUGAAGCAGCAGCUCCAGCAGCUUCAGCAACAGCACCACCUGCAGUUGCAGUUCCAGCAGCUCGCCCAGCUGGCACAGGGACAGCCUCCUGUCAGUGGGGGCACCACCCCAUCCACAACGCAGACCCAGAGAGACGGCAAGCUGCUGGAAGUCAUUGAGCGUAAGCGUUGCCUGUGCAAAGAGAUCAAGGCCCACAGGCGCCCUGACAAAAGCCUGUGCAAGCAGGACAGCAUGCCCAUCCUCCCUAGCUGGAGACGGACACCUGAGCCUCGUAAGACUGGCACGCCACCCUGCCAAAGGCCGCAGGCUGUGGUGUGGGACACGGCAAUCUGAGGCAAAAUGGCAGGCCAGAAAGUACUGCACAGAAGAGAGUUGGAAAGGUGGGAAUGUAAGAGAUAAGGAUACAAAGCAGUUCAUUAAACGAGAAAUUGUCUCAGUGGUUGUGGUGACAUAGUCAUCACAAAGGUCUGAGAGCCUGUGGAAAAAGGAAAAAAAUUGCCUCCAUUUGUGGUAUGUAACACUGAUCUGAGGACAGAGAGGAUGGCUACUGGAGACUCUGAGCCCAUUAAGGAGAAACUGGCCGAAGAGGUGAAGAAAAGAGAUGUUACAAUCAGACUAAACUAAUUUCUUACCCAGUUGAUUAGUAAUUGCUCUAUCUAUGUCCUUCUUGAUGUGUUCUAAUUGCCAAUGAUUUUUGCCACAAAGCACCAGUACUACUUCAAAAUGAAUGAUGUAAUAAUAAAGGGUGACAUUUUUUCUUAGUUUGGUGUUGCCAAAUUUCCUCCUGAUUACUUGAGAAACAAAGGAAUCAUGCUUUCUCUCCAUAACAUGGAGAGAAAGUAAAAAAAAAAAAAAAAGGCUCCUGCCGUUAAAUAGUUGUCCAAUAUACAUACAUAGAAACUUCUCAUUGGAUGAGAAAAGGCAAGAUUCAUUGAUAAGUUACUGAAGUGUCUCUUGAAAUCGUGAAUGCAUAUGAGAUGUCUUGGUAUCAAUAAACUGUCAUUGUGGAUGCAAAUAAUCAUCACUGAGGAGUAAAAGCUACCUACUGUAUCUGUUUGCAUAUUUGUAAUGUAAAUCUAUUUACUUUCUCAACAUUUCUGCAAUUUUAUAGCAAUAUGCUCCCAGUGUUGGAGCAAUACAAUUAAAACUUGUGUCAACUAGCCUAACAUACAUAUCUAAGACUUGAAUAAGUCAUAUUUACUGUGUCAUUCUCUGCAUGUCACAAUAGACAUACAGUAUUGUAAAAAAAAAUAUGUGUAGAGAUGAUCAUGUCAGACUUUUACAUACUUGCAGAUCUUCACUAUGAUAACAAAAUCACAUGGUUGUAUAAAAAGAUGUUGCUUGGGGUAUCAUUAGAAAGGGUGGUAUGACAGAUGGCACAUGCUGUGCAGUCCAGCCAAAUAUAGAUACAGAUCAAUGGUACAAAAACUUCAUCACCCAUGCUUAUUCACAGUUGCACAUAAGUGAUUGUUCCACCACUCCAAAAACAAGCACUGAUACCCAUCAACACAGACUGUACAAAAUGGUGCAACUGAUAAGACUGUGAGUAUUGAUCACCUCAAACAGAAUGCUGGAACAAUCUGCACAAAACAUGGUAUACGCUUAGGAGAAAUUGAACCCUAAUGUACUGUAAAUAGAUAUGUACAACUGUAUUGAAAAUGUAGCAAUUAUUUCCAUUUUCAUACUUGUAAUCAAUACAUAUUAUGUAGCAUAUACUGUAUAAACAUAACUUUGUCCACUUGUUUUUUCUAAAUGAAUUAAGUACUUUAUCUGCUGCAGCAAGUCCAUGCAUUACUUAUAGUUCUACUAAUAAACAGUAAGCCCUCUAAAGAAAGGCACAGGCCAACAGUUGUUUAUUUAUAUUUAUGCAAGACUCCCUUUAAGCUGUGUUGUUUCAUUUAUGCCUUUUUUUUCUACAUUCAUUUUGAGUUGUGUACAGAUUUCAACAGCUCGUUGUCUUGACAUUAUGAAUACUUUGCUGCUACCUUGAACUACUGGUGUUGUUCAUUCAAAUACAUGGUGUUACCAUGAGAAACAUUAUUAAUAUAGUGGUUAUUGUUACAUAUUUGUUUUAUUUCUGAAAGCCACGUGAAAUGAAGUUUGUACAAUGAAGAGUGAGCCCUUCUGUAAUAGUAUUAAUAAGGCACUUGAAUGUCUCUUGGUUGUUGAUGUUUUUGAUAGUUAGCACCAAACUGUACAGUACACCCAGUGAAAAGAAGACGUAUCUAAAUGUAAAUCUAAUGAGAGUCACUGCUUGGCCUUUUGUUUUAAUUCCACCUGCUCGUGUUUGACGGUCGAGGUUUUCAAGCUUACUGAGUCCAUUUUUAAACAAACACAGGUCAGGCUGAGGGAUAUGGGCAAGUGCAAUGCAUGCAGAGAUUCCUUACACUGAAAAUGUUCCAAUGAUAUUGACUAUUGUGCCCAAUUUAAUUUCAAAUACCAAUUAAUCACCUUAAUAUGAUUCCUUUUCACCGACUGAUAUCGAACCCUAGGUAUCAUUUCCGAAAUAGUUUACAGAAGCUGUUGGUUUUGUGUGUCUACUAAAACAGUGGCCAUUAUAUGAGUGCCAUACUAUAUUGAUAUGGUAAGAUACGGUGUACCUUGGAAAUCACUGUAGUGCUAUAUUUGCAUUGAUAUUGUCAUUAAAAUAAAUUUUAUAUAAUGAACUUUA